AGGGAGGAGGGAUUCCUUGGGGGAGGGAAGGAGAGCGAGGUGGGGGUUUCCCCAGUUGCGCCCCCCUCCCCUUCCGACUCUCCGCCUUUCCUUGCAAGCUUUUCUGCUCCCGUGGGAACCUCUGCGCCGCCGCUUCUCCUCCUCCUCGGUUGCUGAGAGAGCGAAAGGAAGGAUGAAGGUCCCACCAGUCGCAUGAAGACCAUCUCAUCCUGUGACCCACCGGCUGGGAAAAGACUGACCGUCACCCCACCACGUGUCCUGCCUGCUGAGAGGAGGCUGACCACUACGACACUACACGACCCAGGCCAGUUAGAGGUGCCUGACCGAGGGACCAGUGUAGACCUGCGGCCAUAUCGAGGGCAAGGACACCAGCGGCCCUUCCAGGGGUAGUGCUGCAUUUAGAAAGAUAAAAAAGGUUGUCAGGCCAAGGAAGAGACCUGGGAGCUCUAAUAAUUAACUGCCCGCAGAGCAUUUUGGGGAAGAGAGACUGGUGUGCACAAGAGGCAGACAAAGAAGAUGCCAAUAAGAGCACUCCAGACAAUUGAGGACAACAAGCAACAUUGAAAAGGAAAGCGAAUCAGGAAAGAAAUCAAAAGUAGUUUCCAUUUCCUUCAGAAAACCACAAAGUUGUUCUUAGCAGGUGAGAGAGAAAUGAGAGAAAAUCAAGAAGAGAUUUCAAACUGCAAAAAGUAGAGCAUACAAAACUCAAGGAUACAUUACAUGAAAGAUCAAGGGAGAUUAUUUUUCAUUCAGAAAAAAGGGAUAUUUCUGGAAGUCAGUGAACAGAAAAAGGUAAAUUAAGACAGCCAUGUAGAGCCGACAGUAACACAGGCCUCUAUAUGUGAGAAAAAAAACAGUUUGAAUCAAACUAAACAAGGGAUUCUCCAUAUUUUUGACCUCCUCAAUAUCAGUGAUGGAUAAGCUCCAUAGAUGUGCCUAUUGUGGGAAAAGCACAGAUAGUACAUCACAACUGAUUAUGCACGAGAGGAUCUACGCUGUCGAAAAGCCAUAGAAAUGCUACCAAUGUAACAAAAGGUUUAGUCUAAACAGCUCUCUUGUGAUUCAUGGAAAGAGACACACAGGACAGAUGCAGGGGUGAAAUACAGCCGGGUCUAUUUGGCUCACGCGAGUCGGUAGGGCCAACUGCCCGAAGCCCCUGCCCACCCACGUAAUGACAUCCCUUUUUGCGACACUUUUCAGCCUCUGUGCACACAUUUGCGAGCCAGUAGGGAAGGUAAGUGAAUUUCAUCCCUGGACAGAUGCCCUACAAAUGCACUUGCUGUGGUAAGUGCUUUUACUAAGUACAGCUACUUUAUGGUAUAUCACAAGACUCACACCAAGGAGAAAGUGUGUGUCCAGUUUUUGGGGAAAGUUUCAUUAGAAAUUCCCACCUCAUGAGUCAACAGAGGACUCACAAAGAGAAAUUCUUUGAAUGUCCUGAUUGUGGGAAAAGUUUCAGUCAGAAUUCCCACCUGGUGAUACACCAGAGGAUUCACACAGGAGAGAAACCCUUUGAAUGUCCUGACUGUGGGAAAAGUUUCAGUCAGAAUUCCCAUCUCGUGAUACACCAGAGGAUUCACACAGGAGAGAAACCCUUUGAAUGUCCUGACUGUGAGAAAUGUUUCAGUCAGAUUUCAAGCCUGGUGACACACCAGAGGACUCACACAAGAGAAAAACCGUUUGAAUGUCCGGAUUGUGGAAAAGGUUUCAGUCACAAUUCCAGCCUGGUGAUACACCAGAGAACUCACACAGGUGAGAAACCAUAUCAGUGUCCAGAUUGUUGGAAAAGUUUCAGUAGCAGUUCUAAGCAGGUGAAACAUCAGAGGACACAUACAGAAGAUAAACGAUAUGAGUGUCCAGAGUGUGGGAAAAGUUUCAGUAAGAAUUCCCAACUCAUAACACAUCAGAGGACUCACAACAGGGUGAAACCGUAUGAAAGUCCUGAUUUUGGGAAAAGAUUCAGUCAGAAUUCCAGCCAAGUGACACACAAGAGGACUCAUAUAGAAGAAAAACUGUAUGAAUGUCCAGAAUGUUGGAAAAGUUUUAGUAAGAAUUCCAGUCUGGUAACACACCAGAGGACUCACACAGGAGAGAAACCAUAUGUGUGUCCAGAGUGUGGUAAAAGUUUCAGUAAGAAUUCCAGCCUAGUGACACACCAGAGGACUCAUACAGGAGAGAAACCAUAUGAGUGUCCAGAGUGUGGGAAAAGUUUCAGUAAGAAUUCCAGCCUAGUGACACACCAGAGGACUCACACAGGAGAGAAACCAUAUGAGUGUCCAGACUGUAGCAAAAGUUUCAGUCAGAAUUCCAACCUGGUGACACAUAAGAGAACUCACAUAGGAGAGAAACCGUAUGAUUGUUCAGAGUGUGGGAAAAGUUUCAGUCAGAAUUCCAGCCUUGUGACUCAUCAGAGGACUCACACAGGAGAGAAACCAUAUGAGUGUCCAGAGUGUGGGAAAAGAUUCAGUCAGAAUUCUAGCCUUGUGACACACCAGAGGACUCACAGGAGAGAAAACAUGAGUGUCUAGAGUGUAGGAAAAGUCUCUGUAAGAUUUCCCACAUCAUGAGUGAAAAGAGGACUCACACAGGACAGAAACCAUUUAAGUGUUCAGAGUGUAGGGAAAGUUUCAGACCGAAUUUCAACCUGGUCAUAUAUCAGAGGACUCACACAGCAGACAAAUGUCAUGAGUUUCUAGAAUGCAGUAAAAGUUUUAGUUAGUGUUCUAAGGUGUUCGAUUUACACUGGAGAGAAGCCACAUGAGUCUCCAGAGUGUGGGGAAAGUUUCACUCAUAAUUCCAACCUGGUGACAGACUAGAGCAGGGCUGUCAAACUCGCACCCCGCAGGCCGGAUGUGUCAUGCGCUGGCCAUGCCCACGCACGGUUUAGCAAAGGGGAAAAUCCUGAUACGUCAAGUGACCCCACCAUGACGACGUGAGUUUGACACCCCUGGACUAGAGGCCCCACAUCAGGGAGAAACCCUUUGAAUGUCCUGAUUGUGGGGAAAAGUUUCAGUUAUAAUUCCAACCUGGUAUUACGCCAGAGAACUCAUACAGGAGAAAAACUGUACCAGUGUCCAGAGUGUGGGAAAAGGUUCAGUUACAAUUCCAACCUGGUGAUACCAGGGGACUCACAAAUGAGGGAAGCUGAAUGAGUGUUCAGAGUGUGGAAAAAGUUUAAGUCGGAAUUCUGACUUGGGUGGUACAUCAGAGCAGUGGUCUCCACCCUUUGCAUCUUGGUGGCCUGGUUGUGGGGUGGGAGAGGAACCAGGCCGUGUGAUUAAUGGGGUGGCGCAUGUGGUGUUCGUAUGCGCCACCCCAUUAAUAGUUCACUAUAGUUGAACUAUAGUUCAAUAUAGUUCACCUCAUGCAAGAGAGAAAUGUUUGGGGUGUAAUUUUGCACCCGUUCAGGCUUCUCCGCACCCAAAGCUUUGGGGAGUCAGCAAAGCUGAGCAGGGCUGACCUGUCAGAUUCAGCUUCUCCUCUCCCCAUUCUGUGUUUGGAGCAUUGAGAGCAGGAAGCUUAGCAGCCUGGAUUGUGUGAUGGGGGGAGAGAAAAGGGAAUAGGAUCGCUCGAGCUCCACUCACACAAGAGAGAAGUUUUUGCGCUGAUGCUCGCAUGAGUGGAGCUGUGCGCGUCCACUGGCCCACCUCAUGCACAGCUCGGUUCCAAAUAGGCCAUGGCCCAUUUAUGGAAGAUCAAGGGAGAGAUCAAAAAGAGAUUGAAUUCUGAUGGGAGGCUUCAUCCACACCACCUGGGAUGGAUAUUUCCCAGUGGAGAGCUCCCAGUGACGUUCCACCGCCUGCUUCAAGUGAGAAGGUGGGCCACCAGGCCACCAAAUGCAAAUCCAGUCAUCCUGCCCAAAGGUGACCCUGGGGUUUUACCAAAGAGCCCACCAAGCUGUCACCAGGAGCCCACAAAACAGCCCUGGAAAGAGUUGAGGUCAUAAGAGUUCACCCCAUUCCCCAAAGAUGGCGAGAUGACUCCAAUUAGCCCAGCAGAGGGUCCUGGGGAGAGUGACACCAACUCCAAUGACGACUCAUUGUAAGUGGCCCAAUCACUCUGGUGACAGCCUCCAUUGAACUCGUAGUCCAAUCCUCAGGACAAAAAGCCAAUUUAGCGGUCCUUCUGGACUCAAGGUGCACCAGAUGCCUAGUCAAGCCUGCCCUGGUUGAGAAGCUGGGGAUGAGAUUUAGACCAAUCAAGGUGCCAGUUGCAUUUUGCCAGCUAGACCGAUCUGUAGCAGGGAUUCUAGUGACAUUCGUCACUGAGCUGAUAGAAAUGCAGAUGGGGGACCACACAGAGACCCAGUUUCAUCAUAGCGCUGGAUAUGUAAAGACCCCUGGUACUAGGAUUAGCACGGCUAUGGAAAUGGACCCCUAUGUGAUCUGGAGGAAGCAGCUGCUUAAAAUCCAGAGGACUAAAGCAAAAGGAGACCUGGGAAGGGACCCCAAAGCCAAGGCAGGAGGUGGGAGCAGUAAUGCAAGAGCGAAAGGCUGAUCCUAGCAUUCCUUAGGAGUACUGGGACUUGUGGGACAUCUUUAGCGAGAAGCGCUCAGAUGAGCUCCCACCCCACUGGCCAACGGACUGCUCCAUAGUACUCGUGCUAGGUGCUGAACUGCCUAAAUCCAAACUUCAUUUAAUGACUGAGGGUGAAGGUUCGUUCUCUGAACUUGUGGGUUGGUUUCUGAAUGUUUUAUCAGGCUAGGUAACAUCUUCAGCAGAGUUUGGAGCAUCUAUUCAAUGACUCCUAGGGAACUGGAGGACUUUGAUAGACAAAAAUUAAAAAGGCUCAACCCAGGGUGGCAGCCCCAGUCUUGUUCCAGGAAAAAAAAAGGAUUGGUCCCUUUGUCUGUGCGUAGACUAUAGAGACCUAAAUGUUAUAUCUGUUCAAAACUUUUACCUGCUGCCCCUAACGAAGGACAUGCUAGCACACCUGGCAAAAGGGAAGAUUUUUAUCAAACUGGACUAUAAGAAGCAGAUUAUCAAGUCAGAAUUAAAGAGGGUUAUGAUUGAAAAAACAGCAUUUAAUUGCCCUUGAUUGCAACAGGCUUUUUGACCUCAUUUUGCCCAUGGUUGUUAAAUGAAUCACUGCGGACAUUAAGUGAGGCAUCACCUGACUGCUAGUGAUUUCAUUUCUGUCUUCUCCAUGAACUUUGCUUGGCUGGUUGGGAAGCAUGCUAAUGGCUAACACAUGAUUAUGGGACAAUUCGAUAUUUUAAAAUACAAUGUUUGUUUGCAAAGCUGUUUUUUUUCCCAUACCAUCAUAAUCUUCAAUGGUUACUACAGGAGACAAAUGGUAAGAGAGGACUAGCUCUAUUACACACAGGAACAAAAAGCCAUGUGCACUGGAUGUCAUUUGCUGGAAGCAUCACAGGGAGGAAAUAAUUCAUAUCCAGAAGGAUGUGAAGGAUCGUGGUGAGAGAAAACAUUUCUGUUCUGGGAGGUCCCCUUCCUCUGGGACUGAUGGAGGCGUUUGGGAUUAUGAGCACACACAAAGGAAUCCCUUUGUGAGCCUGAGCUCUUCCCAAGAAGCUCCCAUGGGGAGCAGACACUUCUUAAAAGCCUCCUCACUAAGGUUUGGAAACUGCUGGUUGGUUGGAGAAGGCUGAAGUGGAUGUGGAUUGUACACAUUUGGAGUGAACAGACUCAAUGGCUGAUGAACUGGACUUUGAUGUGAUGAAGUUGGUGGUAACUGGGAAAUGGACAUGCUAUAUCUAACUGGAAAACUAUUUGGACUGGACUCUUUGGGGAAAAUGGAUCGACAACAGAAGUUUAUGAUUUUGAGGAAUAAGACACAAUUGUUGUUUUAUGGCUCUCAACCAAAAUCUUAAGAAAAAGUUUAAUUCGUAAGAAUCAAACAAAGAUAUUUCAUCCCAGAAAGAUCAGAGACAAUGAUUAUGAUGACUUAUGGUAAAUAAGAAUCCGUUCUAGACUUUAUAAAAGUU